CUAUUUCUUACUUGAACAGCACAUGGCUCUGCUUGGCAUUGACAUACAGAUAGAGCUGCGGAAACAUUGACGGAGAUAAGUGCGAUGUUCAAGCUGCGCAAAGAACGGCCACCAGGACCCUCACGUACAGAUUCUCUCGCGGCACUCAGCGACUCGGACACGAAUGUGCCGGAACCAAAGAUGCAGAGGAGAACACUUAGCCAGAUCUUUGGGAGAAAGAAGAAUAAGGAUGGUCAGGAAGAGAUGAUCGUGGCGCCUGCAGGAGGCACAGAUACAAUCGCGGGCGGGAACACAUUGGGUGUGCCUCCGCUGCAGCAAGACUCUGCAUAUGCCAGCAGCGAGCCAGAUGGUACCCCCAGUGGUUCCAGACAUGGCAACUCGAUCGAGACGAAUCCCAUCUCGCCAGCGGAGACCAACAUGAAUCCCCUCAUUGUUCCAGUCGAGAAUGAUGGAAAUGUCCCUGGUGUAGCUCGGGAGCGAAAUCUGGCUGUGAACAAGUUGACGGGCGAUAUUCACGACGAGGAUACUGGCGAGGUUGUGUCAACAGUCACCACGACGACGACAACCACAACUACCACCACGACCAUCAGUGGUAGGGAUGGUAAGACGAGAAAGGUGGACGUUCAGACGACGCCAGGGAGUGUGACGGUCGCACAACCUUCGAAUGUAGCGACCGACCGGAACAGAGAUGCAGAUCGUCGUAGUGUGAUCUCGGAGAUGCCAGCAGACUCGGUGCCUCAGACGACCGCUCAAGAUGCUCCUCCUGUGCCGGCAAUUCCAUCGAAUGCAGUGUCCACGCCUGCUCCAUCGACUACGCCUGUGCCGAUGGGGGACGGGCCAGACACGGCUCAUAGCGUUCCACUGGUGCCAGGCAGAAAUCCGAGUCGCAUGUCGCCAGUAAGAGGGUCGUUCGGAGCAAGGCCAGAAAGUGUCGAUCCAGUGCCUUCAAGUCCCGUGGUCGGAUCUGGCUUUGGAGCAAACUUCGCUGGAACCCCUUCGCAGAUUACUGGUGCUACUCCAGUCGUUGUACCGGCUGAUGGCCCUGUUCCAGGUGCGCUCCCAGUCCCAGGUGCGCUCCCAGUUCCACCAUCUCCAGAGCCUACCCCGAUAGAGCCGGCAUACAGACCAAUCACGCCGGCCCGAGAACACCGCCCUCUGACGGAAUCCGUAAUAUCAGAAGAAGAUUCAGUGACCUCGAGCACGCCUGGCAUGGCACCCGGAUCAACAACAAAUAUAGCAAUCCCACCCGCCCCAGCCCCAUCCACCGCACCCCCAGCAAACACCGCCCCAAAAAGUACCUUCAGCAGCCUCAAAGCCGCAGCAAAAGGUCUCCACGGCGUCGGCGAAACCCUCCGCGGAACUCUCAACAACGAAAUCGACACCCGCUUCUCUCGCAGCAAUCCGGAAAAGGCUGCGGCUAUCAAUGCGAAAAACCAGGCAGUUCUGGAUCGUGGACAACAGGAGACUGCUGGAUUGCAACCUUUUGUUGAACAGAGGCAGAGUCGGAGUCGGAGUAUUCAGAGGAAACCAGUGGGGGGGGAUGGGGAGGGUGGUGGAUAGGAGGGGACGGUUUGUUGGUGAUGUUGAGGAUAGGGCCUGUGGGGGUAGUGGGGAGGUUGUUGGAUAGGAUGAUGAGAAUGAAGGGUUGGGAUGUACAUAGCUUCGGUCGUUUUUUUGAAAGGAAUGGGAAAAGUUCCUUUUGUAUCUACCUAUCUAUCCAACGAAAUUGUAUAUUUCCUCCUCG